AUGAAUUGAUAUUCUAGCGCGUGGAAGAACUUUAACGGUUAGGGAAAGACUUUGAGGCUUUAUACAUUUCAAAUUCCAUGUUUAAUGAGAAGAUUUGUAAUUCUAUUUAUUGGGCUUAUAUGAAAAAGGUUUGGAUUUCAACCAAAUCCAAUUCCAAAUUUUAACAUUAUCCAACCACAACAAUCAACCCAAUUCGAGGAUUUGAAAUGAAAUUUCAAUUCCAAAACUAAGUUAUAAGUUUAAACACCAAACAACAAACGACAUGAGAACGAGGGAUAACUUAGAUGGUUAAAGCUUCUCUCUCGAAUCGUGAGAUCAAUUUUCAUCCCCGCUUUAUGCCUCAUUCGCACAAAUAAAAAAAAAACAAACAAACAACAAACAAAUUGGGAUUAAGAGUACAAAUUAAAUCCUCCACAUGCCACAAUCACAACGGUAAGAGCUCCUAAAAUGAAAUAGAAGAAAGAAAGAAAAAGUCUCAACCUUUUUAGUUUUUUCCGAUGGAAUUCUCGCCUGAGAUUUUACCGUCGAUCUCUUCUCUCUCUCCUUCUGCAAUUUCCUUCCUCAACACUACAUUCCACUCCAAACACGACCUUAACCUCUCCGAAUCAACUCACCUAGUCACCGAGUUAGACACUCACUGCUCUGAGUUGACUCAUCAUCUUUCCAAUCUCACUCGUCGAAUCGACGCCAUUCUUCUCUCUUACGCUUCUUCUUCUCAUCGAAUUACCGACGCUUUUCAACAUAUUCAUCGUCAACUUCAAGAUCUCAAAUCCAACUCUACUUUUGCUUCCAAUUCAGAUGGAAAAAUGGAGGAAAUGGCGGCGGAUGAACUUCCAGCUCUCGCUAAAGAAGUUGCGAGAGUAGAGAUGGUGCGCAAUUACGCUGAGACAGCAUUGAAGCUUGAUAGCUUGGUUGGUGACAUUGAAGAUGCAGUCACUUCUGUGAUGAACCGAAAUCUGAAGAAACACUCUGCUAGACAGUAUUCAGAGGAAAUACACGUCAAUGCUAUUAAUUCACUUCAAUUGGUAGAGGAUGUUUUAGCUUCAGUGACGAGGGGACACCCUCGGUGGGUUCGACUUUUAUCCGCUGCUGAUCACAGAGUUGAUCGAGCUUUAGCUAUUUUGAGACCCCAGGCCAUUGCUGAUCACCGUACCCUGCUUGUUUCACUUGGAUGGCCACCAUCUCUUUCCACAUUAAGUUCUUCAAAUAUCGAUGGAAGGAGAAUUUCCGAAGUGCCAAAUCCUCUCUCAGAAAUGAAUGGAGAGCUUAAGCACAAGUAUUGCGAAAGUUUUCUUGCCUUGUGCCGUUUACAAGAAUUGCAACGACGAAGGAAGUCACGGCAGCUUGAGGGGUAUAACCAUGGUACAUCUCUGUACCAGCCUCUCUGGGGUAUUGAAGAACUUAUGAACCCUCUCUCUCUUGCAUCUCUGCAUCACUUCCAGAAGUGGGUAGAUAAGCCCGAAUUUAUUUUUGCUCUUGUGUACAAGAAUAUAAGGGACUAUAUUGAUUCAGUUGAUGAGCUGUUGCAACCCCUGGUGGAUGAAGCAAUGUUGACAGGAUAUAGUUGUAGAGAGGAAUGGAUUUCAGCUAUGGUCACCUCCUUGUCAACUUACUUGGCAAAGGAGAUAUUCCCAGCAUAUGUCUCUCGAUUGGAUGAGGAGACCACACUGGAGGCUAGGCUGCAAGCUAGAACGUCAUGGCUUCAUCUGGUUGAUUUGAUGAUAGCAUUUGAUAAAAAAAUUCAAGCUUUGGCUGCCCACUCUGGAAUCUUACUUUCCAUUGAGGAGUAUAGCCUCUUGCAGAGGAUUUCUUCUCUUUCUGUCUUCUGUGAUCGGCCAGACUGGCUUGAUUUAUGGGCACAAAUAGAACUUGACAGUGUACUAGAGAGAUUGAAGCCCGAGAUGGAGGAUGAGAGAAACUGGACGACCAAAAUUUCAGGAGCAGCUCCAUUUUCUGGGUCUGAAGAUUAUAAAUCUCCCGUGGUUUCAUCCAUACUUCUUAAGAACGUGUCAUCAGUCAUUGAUCGCUGUAGAUCUCUACCUACCGUGUUUCUGAGAUCUCAAUUUGUCAGAUUAGUGGGUGCACCAAUUAUUCAGACCUUCCUGAAUUGCUUGCUUACUAAAUGUCAAGAAGCAGAGGGGCUCACAGCUUUGGCAGAUGAUGAUGCUGUGGCCAAAGUUAUGACUUCAGUUAAUUCUGCUCAGCAUAUUAAGUCAAUCUUAAUAGAAUGGUGUGAUGAUAUCAUCUUUGUUGAAAUGGGACUUGAAGAUGACAGUGAAUUAGAGAAGCCCUUCAAUGAGAGAAGUUUUACAGAGGGGGAUGGAAACGGGGUUUUGGAUGAGGAAAUCACAAAACUGGAGGAGUUUAGAAAGGAGUGGGUCGAUAAGAUGACAAACGUUGUCUUAAGAGGAUUUGAUGCUCAAGUUCGAGAUUACAUAAAAAACAGAAAGCAAUGGCAAGAGAAGAUUGAAGAAGGUUGGACAGUAACAAAGGCUUUUGUGGUGGCUCUAGAUUUUUUGCAGGGGAAGACGUCUAGCCUAGAAGAAGGUCUAAAUGGCAUGGACUUUACUGCAGUAUGGAGAAGUUUAGCUAAUGGAAUAGACCGUUUGAUAUUCAACAGCAUUCUUAUGAGUAACGUGAAGUUCCAUAGUGGUGGUGUUGAGAGAUUCGUAGGUGAUAUGGAUGUUUUAUACGGUGUUUUUAGGAGUUGGUGUAUGAGACCGGAAGGAUUCUUUCCCCGUGUGAGCAACGGCCUGAAGUUGCUAAAAAUGGCAGAAAAACACCUUCAAGAGAUUUUUAUUCAAGGAGAGGUGUGGAUGAAACAAAAUGGGAUUAGGCAUUUGAGCUUAGCCGAGGCUGAAAAGAUAGCGCGGUGUAGAGUUUUCUCCUAAUAGAUUUAGGGCACCCAGGCUCUGAGGUCAUACUUUUACCACCCUCUCUCCUUUAAAGAUAGUGAUUAGAUAUGUGAUACUACUGUGCUAACCCAUUACGAAGAAUUUUCUGAACUAACCCAUUAUUUUAAUUUACGAGCUGCAAUAAUGAUGUUUUUAUUUACUCAGAUGUAAGGAUCUUAUGUGAAAAUUGUAACAUGUUUUCUUCUGUACAAAUUUUGACAUUGAAUCGUGUUGUCGAGCAUUUCCUUUGAA